UUCAGCGGCAGAAAACGCUAAAGCUAAAGCUUCUGAGGUGUGUAAUAAGGCGAGUCAGCUCUCUCAUGUAAUGUAAAAUAUACAUUUAGUGUCAUUGCAGGUGCCUGCACCAGUCAGAAGUAUGCCUUUGUCAACUCAGUCCCAAUCAGGGAAUGAUGAGUACAUCUUGGUAGCUAGUUUGGAUAAUGCGAGGAACCUUUCCAACAUCCUGAAGGCGAUAUCCUUCAAAGACCAUGCAAUAUUCAAUGUAACACAGAAUGGGUUAAAAGUUACUAUAGAAGAUUCCAAAUGUCUUCAAGCAAAUGCAUUCAUUCAGGCAGACAUAUUUCAAGAAUUCACUCUCAAAGAGGAUGUAGUUGGUUUUCAGGUUAACCUUACUGUGCUUUUGGAUUGUCUCACCAUCUUUGGGGGUAGCACAGUGCCAGGAGUGAACACAGCUCUGAGAAUGUGCUACAAUGGCUAUGGCUACCCCCUAACUCUCUUCCUGGAGGAAGGAGGCGUGGUUACUGUUUGCAAGAUUAACACCCAGGAACCAGAGGAGCUUAUUGACUUUGAUUUCUGCAGCACCAAUGUCACCAACAAGGUGAUACUGCAGUCAGACAGUCUGAAAGAGGCCUUUUCAGAACUUGACAUGACCAGUGAGGUCCUGCAGUUAACAAUGUCACCGAGUCAUCCUUAUUUCAGAUUGUCCACAUUUGGUAAUUCUGGAAAUGCCCAUUAUGACUACCCCAAAGACUCUGACAUGAUGGAGCUGUUCCAGUGCACAAAGACACAGACAAACAGGUACAAGAUGUCUCUAUUAAAACCCUCCACCAAGGCCUUGGCGCUGUCCUGCAAGGUGUCGGUGAGAACAGAUGGUCGAGGUUUCCUCUCUUUACAAUACCUUGUACGUAAUGAUGACGGACAGAUUUGUUUUGUUGAAUAUUACUGUUGCCCAGAUGAAGAGGUUGAAAGUAAUGAAUAGGUGAACAUGAGGCACAUUUUGUGGUCCCUGUUCAGUUGUAUUUACCCUACACCUGUGGGACUGUGUUGUUAGAUUCGUGAGUUGAUUUGUUCACUGUAUUUAUUAUAUUCAGGACGAAAUUUAUCCAAGCUGUAUUGUUGCUGUAUGAUAUGCUUCUGAACCUUAAAUCCAUCAUAUCGGUUUCUUUAGCUCUCCUAACAUAGGGAUAAUCCUAUAUGGCUGUUCUUUACUGUGUAAUAUACUAUUAAAAUAGUUUGAAGUAUUUUUCUUACUAAGAUUUAAUGCAGAUGAAAUAUAAACAUUGUAGAUGUUCUCCUGAUGUUCUGCCUGCUGAUUUUGUAUGAGUAUUGUUUCUACAUUCAGUGCCCUACGUCUGAAAAUCAGGGGGUAACAUUAAGAAUUGUCACUACUAAAACAAAAUUUUAUUAUGAUUUUUUUGUGUGUACAACUCUUUUUAACUAUGUUUGCUUGUUAGUGGAGUUUGUUGGCUAGCAUUUUGUUCAGAGGUUGUUGUUGUUGAGCGUUCUGUUCAAAAUGAUCUAAAAUUGUCGCUUCCAAAACCACAGAAAUGUUUCGUAAAGUUUCAGUAGUUUUGUGAUUGUUUUGGCAGUAACAGAAUGAAAUGUUUAGUUUUUUUAAAAAAUAAAAUAAAUGUGAAUGAGGUUAUUCAAAGCAAAAGGAUAUUAGUUGAAAGCCCAGGCCAGUUAAAAGUCAAAAAUGGGGAAUUCUUAAAACAGUUUGGAAGAAUGUAGAGCAUGAACACAUCAUUCAAUUUCAGUAUUUCUAAGCUUUUCUUAAACUUGUUCUUGAGAAAAAGACUUACUGGGAACCUUCGACACCUUCAGCCUGACUAAGAGUGACUCUUGCUGAUGUCAUUAAGAGAGACACUGUCUAACUAUGUUGACUGGGUCUCACCAAUGACAGUGUUUCUGAGCCCAUCUAAACCUGGAUUAUAGCAGUUUUGAUUGGUAAUAAUGAAUCAGCAAAUUUGCAUGUAAUUUGUGUCGUUUACCUAUAAUUUGCAUAAAGGUAUAGGUGCUUUGACCAAGUCUGUGUUAAAUAGGGAAGACACCUGCAGGUGCUGUCACCCUCACCACCCUGUGUGUGUGUGUGUGUGUGUGUGUGUGUGUGUGUGUGUGUGUGUGUGUGUGUCCCUCAUUCCCUCCCUCUUUCCCUCCUUCCCUCACUCUCUUCUUACAGUUGUAGCCUGCUGAAUUUCAUUUAAGCUUUUGCUUCAGUUAGGCCUUUGCGUGUGAGAUAAUGUGUGUGUGAACAUAAUAACCUGAAAAUUAUUCUUUUUUUAAUCCCUUUUUAUCCAUUCUUUAAUUAUGUUUCCUGUCUGCUUCUCCUUUAAUCCUGUAAAAUAAUUUUCAAGUUAAAUUAUAUAAAUCCAUUUUACUUUUA